GUAAGUAACCAGUAGCGCGCGCUUGAACACAGCAGACGCGCGUAUGAACGCACGCGCACAUUAUGAUAAUAAUAUUACGAUAUUUAUUUUUAAAGAAAUACUUUUUUUAAUUUUUCCCGAAACGAAUUAUAGCGCCCUCGUUCAACAAUGGAGCAUUCGAUGGAAGCCAAAACGCAGAAACUACCGUAUCCAAAAGCAGUAGCGUUCAUAGUCACAAAUGAGUUUUGUGAGAGAUUCUCGUAUUAUGGAAUGCGAACAAUUUUGUCUUUGUACCUUCGAGACAAACUGGGCUUCACAGAUAAUGACGCCACAGUCAUCUACCACGUGUUCACGAUGUUUGCUUACUUCUUCCCGGUUCUCGGAGCCAUGAUUGCCGAUGGAUGGCUCGGAAGAUUCAGGACCAUAUUUUAUUUGUCACUGGUCUACGCUACGGGUAGUGUUCUAAUUUCGCUGACCGCUAUGCCCCCUAUCGGCUUGCCGCAGUUUGAACUCACAAUAUUGGCGUUACUAUUGAUAGCUUUCGGAACGGGAGGUAUUAAGCCCUGUGUGUCUGCUUUCGGAGGAGACCAAUUCAAGCUACCAGAGCAGGCAAAAUAUCUCGGCUACUAUUUUUCUCUCUUCUACUUCGCAAUAAACGCGGGUAGUUUGAUCUCCACCUUCUUGACUCCGAUUCUGAGAGCUGACGUUCACUGUUUUGGAGACAGUGAUUGCUUUUCAUUGGCUUUCGGAGUCCCAGGGAUUCUAAUGGUGGUUUCGAUUUUGAUCUUCGUCGCUGGUCGAAGAUUGUAUGUAAUCAAAAAUCCAUCAGGAAAUGUUCUAGGGAAGGUGUCGACGUGUGUUGGGCAUGCUGUGGUCAAAUCCAUCAAAAACAAACAGAAGAGAGACCACUGGUUGGACCACGCUGACGAGAAGUAUGACAAGAGCCUAAUCGAGGAUAUAAAGUCGCUGUUCAGGGUUUUGGUGCUAUUCAUUCCUCUACCAGUAUUUUGGGCACUUUUUGAUCAGCAGGGUUCCAGAUGGACCUUCCAAGCUGACAGGAUGGAACAAGACAUAGGUAGCUGGACGCUUAAAGCUGAUCAGAUGCAAGUCCUCAAUCCUUUCCUGAUCUUAAUAUUUAUUCCUCUCUUUGAAGUGGCAAUUUAUCCAUUCCUAACUUGGUGCAGACUGAUAAAGAAACCGCUACACAAAAUGAUUUGGGGUGGAAUAUUAGCAGCUUGCGCAUUCCUUAUUUCAGGAAUAGUUGAAUUAAAUCUUUUGCCUACAUACGGUACUCCGGUAUCGGAAGGGUUGGCUCAACUCCGAGUGUACAACGGAUUUGACUGUAAUUUUACAAUCAACACAGGAGAUUUCAACGCCAACAAUAACAAUAUUCAUACUAUUGGACCACUUUCGGUCUAUGAGCAUCUGGAUAUUAACGCAGAUGGGUCUAUUGAACUGCCGUAUUAUGUACGUGGCGAAGGAAAUUGUUCGAAUAUCGUGUACAAUGGAAAUUUCUAUUUAAAAGAAAAUACUGCUAACUCUUUCUUCAUUAAUCGGGAGGGAAUUUCUAACUUCACUGAUAAUAAUGACAAAGCAAUCAACGGAGUAAGCGUUAGGUUUUUGUCAAACGUCCAAACUUCGGUGACCGUUGCAAUCGUGGAAUCAAAGAAGAACAAAACUAAACUGUCACUGCAAAGCGAUGAUAUCAGUCAGGUGAAGAUCACCAAGGGCAAUGGCGAUGUUUUAGUGAACGACCAAAAAGUAUUAGAAGGAUAUGCAUUUAAAUCUGGAGCAGUCUACACUAUCAAUGUUUACGAAGACACGGACGGUGCUUAUCAAGCAAAUCCAGUGAUUAUAACUCCACCAAAUAGUAUACACAUUCUCUGGUUGAUACCUCAGUACGUUGUGAUGACUAUGGGCGAAGUGAUGUUUUCAGUAACUGGUUUAGAGUUCUCUUUCACACAAGCGCCAGCUAGUAUGAAGUCUGUACUACAAUCGGUCUGGCUUCUCACUGUCGCUUUUGGAAAUUUGAUCGUUGUUCUCAUAGUGGAAGGGAACUUUUUGGAUGCUCAGUGGAAAGAAUUCUUCUUGUUCGCCGGUCUUAUGUUAUUGGACAUGUUCAUUUUCACGGCGAUGGCGUUCAGAUACAAGUACGUGGAUCACAAAUCGAGCACAGAGGAGGAUAUUGCCGUUGAAGAGAUCAAAAUGCCGGAAAAACCAACAAUACAACAAAAAGACAAUUAGAUUUUAAGUUUUAAUUUAAUAAAGUUUAUGAUUUUAGAAUGUUUAA